AUGCCACUACCUACCUUCCCCAAGGUGUACAACACCUACUUUCUCGCAAUUAUUGCGACAAUGGGCGGGACCCUUUUCGGUUUCGAUAUCUCGUCCAUGUCCGCUAUUGUUGGUACAAAUCAAUAUCUGGACUAUUUCGACAACCCGCAUGGCGUGCUCCAGGGAGCUAUCGGCUCUGCUCUGGCUGCGGGUUCUGUCGUCGGUUCUCUCAUAGCAGGCCCUGUUUCUGACAAGCUGGGUCGGCGCGACUCUGUCAUGUUCGCCUGUUUGUGGUGGCUUGUCGGAACCGGUGUCCAAGCCGGGUGCAAAGGAUAUGGUCCUCUCAUCGCUGGCCGGGUUCUGAAUGGAGUCUGUGUCGGUAUCACCUCGUCGCAGGUUCCAGUAUAUCUCGCCGAAAUCGCACGAAAGGAAAAACGAGGCUCAAUUAUCGUCAUCCAGCAGCUCGCCAUCGAAUGGGGCAUCUUCAUCAUGUUUUUCAUUGGUUAUGGCUGCUCGUUCAUAGCCGGUCCAUCGUCUUUCCGAGCCGCAUGGGCUAUGCAGUACAUCCCUUGCGUACUGUUGAUCAUCGGACUUCCAUUUUUGCCUCGAUCUCCUCGUUGGUUGGCCAAACAAGAUCGUACCGAAGAAGCCAUUACCACACUGGCUCGCAUUCAGGCUGGUGGUGAUGUUAACAAUCCUCUGGUCGUCGCCGAAUGGGAGGAAAUCACCACUGUCCUCGCAGCCGAGCGCACUGCUUUACCAGGAUGGAGGAAGUUUGUUUACAACGGCAUGUGGCGACGUACCGUUGCCGGCUUCACCGUCCAGGCCUGGCAGCAACUGAGCGGUGCCAACAUAAUGACUUAUUACGUAGUCUAUGUGUUUGAAAUGGCAGGCCUCAAAGGAAAUGUUCUUCUAGUCUCGUCUGGCAUUCAAUAUGCACUGUUCAUUGUCUUCACAUCGCUCAUUUUCUUCUACAUUGACAAGACAAGUCGACGUGGUCUUCUUAUCUACGGUGCCAUCGGCAUGGCGAUUUGCCAUUUCAUUGUUGCCGGUAUCCUUUCGGCCGGCGAGUACGUUCCAGGAGGCGUCGAUAACAACCUGAAUGUCCUCAUUAGAGUAACCGGCAGCAAAGGAAGCGCUGUUAUCGCUUUCUGCUACCUUUUGGUUAUUGUCUAUGCUCUCACUCUUGCUCCCGUUUGCUGGGUGUACGCUGCUGAAGUCUGGUCAUUGGAGACUCGUGCCACAGGAAUGGGCAUUGCCGCCAUCGGAAACUGGCUCUUCAACUUUGCGCUCGGUCUUUACCUCCCACCAGGUUUUGCCAACAUUACAUGGAAAAUGUUCUUGGUGCAUGGAAUUCUGUGCGUUGGCGCAGCCAUUCAAUUCUUUUUCACAUACCCCGAAACCUGCGGCAAAACACUCGAAGAAAUAGAAGAACUAUUCAGCCCCGGUGGGCCACAACCCUGGAAGACCAAACCUGGCAACUCUAAACUGGACGGUCUGAUCGAAGAGGCUCGCGAAAAGCAUCUUCAAAUCAAAGAUGUUGUGACGCACGAGGAGAAUGCCGCUGUAAGCACUGGUGUCGAGACGAAGGAGACUGCUUAA